UUUUUAAGUGAUAAUUAUUUUCAUUCUUAAUUCAGAAAAUUUGUUAUUAAUUUUUUAGUGUAUUGAUUCGUUAAAUUUUAAAAUUUCCUUGCCUAUCCUUUUUUGAAUUUUAAAUCUCCUCCCAGGCGUGAAAUUUAAAUAACCCGCCUUUUUAUUUGACGUUAUUGUGCCUGUCAUCUAGAGAAAAUGGGAAUGACUGACUACUCCACAUAACCUUAACUAUAUUUUUGUGCUUUGUGACCUUAACCAUAACCACACUUUUUGGCAGUAGCAGAUUUUUACAUUAUAUUUACAUAUUAUUAUUUUUCAAAUAAUUUUUCCUAUUUAGUUUUAAAUAAUUUCACAAUGAAACCGAUAACAUUUGUGACGGGAAACGCCAAAAAACUAGAAGAAUUAAUCUCGAUCCUAGGCUCAAACUUCCCUCGAGAACUAGUAAGUAAAAAAAUCGACUUACCAGAACUACAAGGCGAUAUCGACGAGAUUUGUAUAAAAAAAGCCCAAUCGGCCUACAAACAAGUCGGAGGCCCCGUUUUAGUCGAAGACACCUGCCUGUGCUUUAACGCAUACAAAGGUUUACCAGGUCCAUACAUAAAAUGGUUUCUGGAAAAAAUGGGUCCCGAGGGGCUCCACAAAAUGUUAGCGGGCUUCGAAGAUAAAACAGGUCAGGCGGUAUGCACAUUCGCGUAUCACUCCGGCGAAGAUGGAGCUGAAGUGGUCUUGUUUCAAGGGAGAUGUGAGGGCGAAAUAGUGUUUCCAAAAGGUCCGAGAGAUUUUGGCUGGGAUCCUUGUUUUCAACCUAAAGGCUAUGAUGUUACUUAUGCGGAGAUGCCUAAGGCUGAGAAAAAUAAAAUUUCACAUAGGUUUAAGGCUUUAGAUUUGUUAAGGGAUUAUUUUAAUAGAGCAGAGAAGUGUAAAAAUAAUAUAUGAAUAAGUUGUAAGGUAGGUAGGAUGUAAUAAAGUAUAGGGUAAGCAA